CGGGAGGCGCACGGCUCGGCGGCCGCCGGAAUUGUGGCUGAGCCAGAGACGAUGACUGCAGAGAACGGCGAAUCCAACGUGCCUAUGCGAGAACUGGAGCAUGGAGGGCCCAAGGUGCCAGUGCCCCUCGUUCCUCUGCGGCGCCAGGGCCGCCGCCUGCGGCGCAAGCCCCCGACGGAGCCCUCGCUGAAAGGGCAGCUCCGCAUGCGCUCACCCGCGGGGGCCUUCGUUAUGGUGGGCGUCUCGGUGGUCCUGGUGGGCAUGACCAUUGCCGUGGUGGGCUACUGGCCUCACCGGGGAUAUGGGGGCACCGGUGCCAGCACGGGGAACACCAGUGUGGUGGGGGACAUGAGGAGGGAGGUGGCGGCUGGGCGCCACAUGCCCCACAGCGAGAAGCUGAAGCUGAUCGGCCCUGUCAUCAUGGGCAUUGGGCUCUUCAUCUUCAUCUGCGCCAACACAAUGCUGUACGAGAAUAGGGACAUGGAGACCCGGCAGCUGAUGCAGAAGGGGCUCUACAGCCUGGAAGUGGGCCUGCCCAAGGGGACCAGCCCCGAGGACGGGCACUGCCAGCGUGGGGACAGCCAGGCUUUGCCCAAGGCUAGUGCUGAGUGUGUGGAGGGCUGUUACCAGGUGGACCUGUCCUGUCAGCCCUGCCCCAGCCCUGGCAACAAGUGGUCCGACUGCUAUGGCCCCAACCGGCUCCAGGCCAUGGCUGAGUUCCUGCAGCACCCGGCAGCUUCCCCUGCGAUCUCUCUCCGCAGCCUCCACUCCACCGAGGUCAACCUGAGCCUCCCGUGCCACACUGGAGCUGAGUCCCUCCUGUCCUCAGCUGUGGGAGCCUUGACACUGCCUAUAAUCAAGCUCAACAACUGCUUGCUGGAUGGGGCAGCACGGGGGGCUGAUGGGAGGGCAGAGAGGGGCUCUGCUGAGCAUCUCCCCAAAACACCACAGCUCUCCCGGGUUCCGGUUUCCAUUGGUGACAGCACUGCACUCUGCAGCCAGGCUGGUGAUGGUGGUGGAGGCCAUGUUGUCAUCAGUGUGGAUAACAGUUGUCCCGGUGCAGAGCCACUGGUGGAUCUCAGCUCCGACGUGCACCUCCACACCCCGGGACACUCCAAAUCCCUGGACCUUGGCCGGCCGGGGGUGCUGCUGGUGGCCCCCAUCAAGGACCGUAAGAACCGGAGCUGGCCUCGGCUGGACCAUGUCAGCCUUGUGGGCUACGCCAAACUGGAAAGUACUGGCGAGUCCUCAGACCAGCUGCUGGAGCCCAGCGAGCCCCCGAGCCAGGCCGAGCCCCCACCUAGCUCCUGGGUGGUGGGGAUGGAGCAGGGCACACGGGUCUGAUGUCCCCACUCACCUUUGGGGACAGUAACAUCCCAGUCCCUCAUCCUGGCCCCCAGCACCCACCAGCAACCCCAAAUCCCCACAUCCAGGAGGGGUUUGGGGGCAGCAUUUUUAAGCCAAUGCCAAGAUGAAGGUCCUGACCUUCCAUCCUGACCUGCCAUUUAGGCUCCUGGGUGAGGACUCACCUAAAUGGGAUGUCCUGCUGGGUGGAUGCCCUUGGCCUUACAAGCCCUUCUCCUGGUGGCUUUUCCAGAGGAGUCCUCGCUUUGAGACCCCACACAAACUGUGGGCUGGGGACAUUGGGGCAGGUGAAGCCCCACCAGCCCCCACAGCACUUUUAUCUCAGCGUGGUUAGGGUGGGGAGAUUCUUUGGGGGGUGAUGUUCCUUAUCCAGCCUCAACCCACCAGAAAAUUUGCUUAGCCAGAGCACGUAGGCCCAAUGGGGCUAUUAAAUAUUAUCUGGAUGCCAUGUGGUGCUGCCUUGCCUUCUCCUCUUGCCUGUGGGAUGCUUAAGAGGGGCAGUGCUUCCAGAGGGUCUGUGAGACCUUGUGCCCCCACCCAGACUCCACUGGAGAAGGGGUGCUCCAUAACCAGCUGCUCAACAUUCACAGGAUGAGGUGAUAAGUACAAGGUUUGGGAUUUUUAUGGAGAGAAGGGAGGUAGAAGGUGCCCAGGGAGUUGCAGGCAGCGAGCAAGGUGCUGCUGCCCACCUGGGGUGCAGCAAUUCUGAGAGCCUCUCAGUGGAUCUGGGUUUGUUUGUGCUGGUUUUUGGUGGGAUGGAGGAUGCAGGUGGUGGGAGGAAGGAUGUGAAGGGGCAGAGGGGUAGGGGAGUGUCAGUGCUGUUUUUGCCAUGUCCUGUUUGGUGCUGUUCUGUUACUCUGUGUCUGUCGGAUGCAGAACAGGAGCUGUAUGGGAUGAAGCCAGAGAGGCAGCCUCAGCACUGGGAUAGAUUUCUGGAGAAAAGGGAGCUGGGGGUUCAUCCCAUCCCUUCUUACUCCCUCCAGCUCUAUCUUGGGCAGGAGGAGACCCGGGAUGCCCAGGCAUGUGGAAGGAUGGAUUGAAGCGAUAGGACACAGACAGCUCUGCUCUCCAGCAGUUCAGGAGGCUUUAAAAUGGCUGUGGCAGCCUAGAUGGGGUCUUUGACAUUUGCCUUUCCAAAACUAGAGCCUGUUCGGAUGGCUGAAAUCUCUUUUAUCUGUAUGAAGUGUUUGCAGAGGGAGGUUAUUCCUGUCUCUUCUCCCUCUCUGGUCUGAAGUGAAUACAGAGUGUCAGACCUUGCAAACUUUGGGAACAACAUCCUUCUUCAGAUCAAAACAUGCCAGUAAAAUCAUUAGGAAAUUGCCUUUUCUUCCCCAGGCCCAUCUUCUCCCAAAAAGCUUCUCCCAAAGCACUCCCCACAGUGCUUUGAUGGGGGGUGUUCUGCUGUACAGGAAAAGCUGUCUGUACCCAAUGCCAGCCCUCCCAGAGAGCUUGGGUGCAGCUUCCCUCGUGCAGGGGCUGGAGAUGGGACAGACAGCUGUGGUUGGGGCCCAGUUGCAUCCCAAAGGAUUCUCUGGGAGUGAUACCAGCCCAAGCUCAGCUAUUUAUUUGGCUGCUUAUUCUUAACGUUAUUUAGGCACUGAUUCAAUGCAAUAAACAACAAGAAAAAGUCACCAACUGGGGUCUGCCCUGGAGCAGCAUCCCAGGGGAAGUGCCAGAAGGUUGUUUUUGUCCAAAAAUAACUUUUUACUUGGGCUUAACCAUCUGCAGUCAGAGCUAAUACUGGGCCCUGGGCCAUGCUUUGGGAACUGGCAGCAAGAAACAAGCCUGAAAUGCCACAAGGAGUUGCACGAAAAGCUACUGGGGGUGUUUUUUUUUUAAUUUUUCCCCUUCAUUUUCUGACUGAGGCUUAGUCUAACUGUGGGAAAUGGCUGGAUCACAGGGCAACCUGCCUGGACCAUGUGCCUGCACCAGCAUCAUCUUCCUGCCCCAUCUUCCUUCCCAGCUCAGCAGCAUCAUCCAGGAGAGGCAUUUCUGAGUCACACAGGGAUCAUUUCAAAAUGCAAAGCAGCUUGAGUAAUUAAUCUGGCAGGGUGAGAAGCCCUGUGCCUUCUCCAGGGAAGAGCAGCAUCUGUGCAUCCCUCACCUUCAGCUCCGUCUGUGGCCACUGUUCCCAGAGUAUUUGUGGCAUAUUAGCAGUGCUGGUUUCAGUGGAUGAAUGCCAUGUAUGCUGUCCUCACAGUGUUCUGGGAAUGAACUGGGCAGGGUGAGGCUGGGUUAGAAACAGAAAUUAAAAGAGUAAAAAUAUACACCCUGGAUAGAUCCUUACAUUGACUGCUUGGCUGCAGAGCUGUGAAGUGGAACAAUCAUGGAAGCCCUGGAGAUGUCACACUGCACAGCCUGUGAAGGGCACUGCUUUUUAGUACCUUCUGUCCUCAGGAACAGGCUAAAUAAACUAUGGACUAAA